AAAGUGAAUCAUUAUUUUACUGAUUUCCCAGCUUGGAGAAACUUUUCCAGAAAAAGAAGAAAGAAGCAAAGGACAUCCUUCUUCUUCCCUACUAUUUGACCCUAAAAUGAAGUUCAAAGUGAGAGAAAAGGAUUUGGGCCAUAUUCAAACUUUUCCAGAAAUUCAAUUCUAUCACUAACUAGGUAAAUAAUCGUUGUCUUCAAUUCUUUCAUUGGUGUAACUCUUUCAAUUUUUCUUUUGAUUUUUAGUGUUUUUUUUUUUAGAUUGGAAAAUUCAAAUUAGUUUUUUAGAUUUGGGAAUUUCAGUUGAAUCCACGGAAAUCCCAUUUGAUAAGCUUCUGUAAAUUUGAAGAAAUUUUGUCAAUAUUUUGUAUUUGUUGAAUUUAUGGUUACCUAGUUUAAUGGCUAUGAGGAAGAAUGUGAAUCCUCAUUCAAGCAGGUUUUUUAGUGAUAGGAAAUGGAUUAUACCGUUCUUCGCGAGUUUACUCGUAUCGAUUACUCUUUUGUUAGCUAGUAUUUUUGGAAUGUAUUCGCCGAAUGUUGAUGAGGAUGUAUCACAAUUUGAUGGUAUGGAAGUUGGUAAGAAGUCUGAGGAGUGGACUGAUUAUUUUGUUGAAGAUAAUAUCAAGAGAUCAUUAUUAUUGAGUGGGAAUUCGAAGAAUGAACCACCUCGAUUCGCUUAUCUAAUAUCGGGUACUAAAGGUGAUAGUCAGAGAAUCAUGAGAGUAUUGCAAUCUGUUUACCAUCCGCGAAAUCAGUAUAUUUUGCAUAUGGAUUUUGAAGCUCCACCUAGGGAAAGAUUAGAUUUGACAAUGUCUGUUAAAAGUGAUCCUACAUUUCAUCAAGUGGAGAAUGUUCGAGUGAUGGAUAAAUCGAAUUUGGUGACUUAUAAAGGACCAACAAUGAUUGCUUGCACUCUGCAAGCUAUAGCCAUUUUGCUAAGGGAAAGUUUGAACUGGGAUUGGUUUAUUAACCUCAGCGCCUCAGAUUAUCCUCUAAUGACGCAAGAUGAUAUGCUUCAUGUUUUCUCCAACUUGUCACGGAAUCUGAACUUUAUUGAGCAUAUGCAGAUGGUAAAUGGGUGGAAACUGAGCCAGAGGGCGAGGCCUAUUGUUGUAGAUCCUGGCCUCUACUUGUCCAAAAAGUCUGAUCUUCUUAUGACUACCCAGCGCCGAUCACUUCCUACUGCUUUUAAGUUAUUUACUGGUUCAGCAUGGGUAGUUGUGACUCGAUCUUUUGUGGAAUAUUGUAUAUGGGGAUGGGACAAUUUCCCUAGAACAGUUUUAAUGUAUUUCACUAAUUUUAUGUCUUCUCCUGAAAGUUAUUUUCAUACUGUAAUUUGUAACAAUGAGGAUUUCCGUAGUACAGCAAUAGGUCAUGAUCUUCAUUAUAUUGCAUGGGACAAUCCACCAAAACAACACCCUCGCAUUUUGUCCAUGAAGGACUUUGAUAAGAUGGUAAAAAGUGGUGCACUAUUUGCCCGCAAAUUUGCGAGAAAUGACCCUGUUUUGGACGAGAUUGAUAAAGAGCUUUUAGGUCGCACAAACAGAUUUCCCCCUGGUGCAUGGUGUAUCGGAAACUCUUCUGGUGGGGUUGACCCCUGCUCAUUGCGGGGUAACUAUUCUGAUUUUAAGCCAGGCCCUGGUGCUGCAAGGCUUCAGGAGCUUAUGAACACAUUAACGUCUGAUGAAUUUCAGAGUAAGCAAUGUUCUUCAAAGUAAUGAAGGCAUUCUCUGUAAAGUUUUUGUAAUUUGUAUCAUACACAUUCCAGAAGAAUUCUGGUUGAGUGAGCAACAAAGGUAUACAAGAUCAUCUUGUUUCUUGGAA